CGGCGUUCGAAACAUCCAGAUGCAUCCAGGUUCAGCAUUUUUUGUUCAACCUUGUAAGUUGACCCUGUGUGGAGAGCGGUGAACCUGCCUACAAUGCUCGGUCGCUCGGGGACUGCACACUUCCGACCGCGUUCAUGAGAAAUAUGAAUAUGAUUACCCAUCAUACAGACGCUGAGCGCUCUUGGACCUACCAGUAUGUGUCAGACUCCGCCCGACGUGUCAAAACUGCUUUAAUUACACCAACUCGUCUACCCUGCCACGGGCCGUCUGCCUAUUAAAGCCAUGCUAUCUCAAUCCUACAGCAUCUUAUCCUGCCAGUGGUUUCUCUCGAAUCAUGCUAAAUUUCCCUUGGGCUCGACGUAUUCUGCUUCGAAACGACAAGCAGAAAGAGCGAACGCCAUUCCUUGAACGUAGGCUUGGGGUAUGGCGCGUACUGAUCGCUUCCAGUGAUGCAUCAUCAUUCAGCCUCCCCAAUUUUCAGUGGAGUCUUAUAUCUUCCCAUCUUCCCCUCUUGACCCGCGCAUGCAAGGAUGUCUACUCUAUUAGCCCUAAGUUGUUCUGGCUCAUGAUGGUCACACACCUUUGGUACGCAGUCGAGGACCCACUGUCCCUCUACUUCUCAAACCGCCUUCUACUUCUCAUUCAACGUUCUGUUUCGCAAGGCAAGGUUCACACGAGUUUGGAUAAAGAUCUAUGUAUAGCAAUAAUCGCUCGAGCUUCAUGUUCCGCGUUUACCGGAUUCAACCAAUGUGAAGGAUCAAUACCGCGUACUCGUCGAGUACCGACUUCAAGAACGGUUGCUUCGAGCGAAUCUUGCGCGUGAUCUGGCAACGUCUCAAGAUAACGAAGCGCGUCUCACAGCCGACGCUGCUCAAGUGUUUGACUGCCUUGUACGAUUCCUCGACCUGGGAAAGGAUAUUAUUUCAUUUCUUC